AUGUCUCCACCAUCACCUUGCCUUCACAACUGCACCUUCGUCACCGUCCAAGACGAGUUCGAGCUGGAACGAGCCAUUAUCGAUCCUGCCGAGAUGACGUCAUCAGUAUAUUUUCUUGGCAAUCUGGUCCUUGGUCAGAUGUACUGCAUGGCGGCUGACAGGAUCGGCCGCCGGCCUGUACUGGUGUGGAGUUUGUUGGUUUCCGGCAUAGCAGGGGUUCUGGCGGCUUUCGCAUCGAACUUCUACCUGAUGCUAUUCGGUCGAUUUAUUCAGGGUUCUUUCUUCAACGUGAGCUUUUUUUUGUUGGUUAGGGAUUCCUAUAUUUCCGAUGAGCUACUACUAAAAGUUAAGAUGGGUGGAGCUAGAAUUACUACAGCGUGA